GCGCGAAACGAGCAACAAUCAACUCCAUGACCGCAUUCAACGCCGCUACUGUGGCCGAGGCCGUGUCGCUGCUUGUGACGCGCCUCACCGCCCAACAACGCGACAUGUCUCUGCUCACCGCUGCAUUGAGCGAACGCGCGACGUCGACUGACGGGAGCGCUGCGACUCCAUCCGCUGCGACCGCCGCUCCAUCUGCGGCUGCCUCCGCCUCGGCCGAGCCUGCAGCCGCAGAUUCGCUCGCGACUGCCAUCGCCGCCCUCUCUGUGGCCGGAACACACUCGCUUGCCUAUGUCGUCGACCAGCUGGACAUGGCCGCGCGCGUUGUCGACACCGCCGCCACCCAUGUGGCUCUGAGCUUCUCGUCCAAGCCGACCAUUGUCGAGUCCAAUCCGCUCUUUGCCAAGCUUCUGGCUGCAGCAUCCAGCUUGGCAUCGCUCGCUGCCGCUCUUCAAAUCCAUCCCGAGUGCAGCCGUCCGGUUUGGAAUUACGCCAAAGUGCAAGUAUUUGCUUGCUUUGAUGCUCUGGUAGAGUUUGCUUCCAGUUUGCCUCGCGAGCCAUCUUCAAGUCGGAUCUCUGCUGCUGUGGUGUUUGAAGCAUGCGGCAAGUUUGCAAGUUUGCCACGCUCAAACGCCGAUGCCAUCAAACGCGAGCUCAAGUCCACCUUUGAUUUGGUCCAGGAUGCAAGUGUAGAACUCAAAGAGGCUAUCGCGGAACAAACCGCGACUGACCGUAGCAACGUUGGUGAUGCUGAUGAUGACGACCUCGACGAUCCCUUCGGGCUGGGAGACGAGGAUCCCUGGACGGCCGAGCAAAUCACUCUCGCUCAAAGCAUGCUCGAAUUGAUUCAGGCCACGAAGAAGCGCGUAGUUGAACGAAAUGUCGCCUUCCUCAAGGCCAGCGAGGAUGACCCCAUGUUCAAGGUUGCGGCAAUCAAUGCCACGAGCGAGUGGGUCACGCAAGUCAGUCCGGCAGUCGACUCGCUCGUCACCGCCUUGUACUCGCCAGACCAUCCGGAGGCCAUCCGCGAGGCUGCCACAGCCUUGAAAGCACUCUCAUGAUUGCCGUUUGUUUCUUGCUGUUAUCUCUGAACCAAAAUCAAUUAAUUCUUUGGUGUUUUUGACACACAACAAAAAGAACGCC